UACCUACUACGUACCACGCAGGAAGGGCUGUUCGGGUCCAUUCAGACUCUCACAUUCAUCUGCACCAGAAAAUCGUACAAGAGAGUGUAGGCUGGCAAGGUUUACCACUAUUUCAAGAUGGGCGUCAAUAUCUCCGACUACCUGGUUACCGAUGACCUGACUGUCUUGCUUGGUCUCAUUGCAGCAACCGUCUUUCUUCUCCACAACUUUUACAAACCUCAGCCGCUAGUGCACCCCAUCCUUCUCGGUCGCCAGAGUGAUGUUGCCCGUGUCAGGAAUCCAGGAGAAAGUGCUGUGUACAGGAACUAUGGGACUGGACUCAUGGGAAGAUUUCCUCUGCGGCCCACAAAGGACGUCUAUAUCCUCAGUGAUCUGGUCAAGCCCGACCAUGAUGCGCCUCGUACUCUCUGGAACACCAAGAUCACUAACCCCACCUUGCAAGACCGUGUCGCCUCUUUCGGGACGGGUUUAUUGCGAUCGACCGGUAUACAAUCCCAAGAGUCCAAUGUCCUUCUCCUGCUCAACGACUCGCUUGAAUUUAUUAUCAGUGACAUGGCACUUGCUAUGCAUUCUAUUCCGUCGUUCACGAUUGCUGCAGCCAAUCUCCUCGCUGGAAUUCUUGAAUCUCAUCCACCCACAGUCAUCAUCACCCAUGCCGAGUUGCUUCUUCAGCUGCUUGAGUUGAUUUAUGACGCGGGAGAGAGUGACCAACAUCAUACCAUCGUUAUUGUUGGCGAACCAAGCGCUCAGGCCAUGGCUCGUGUCGCGAGCAAGGUUAAGGUUUUCAAAUGGGAAGACGUUGAGCGCGAAGGUGUGAAGACGGAAAAAAUUCUUGGCCAGGCUCCCAAACCCAGCGACAUUUUUACCGUGUCCUUCUUUGCAAACGGCAAUGGUCAGGUGCAAGGGGCUCAACUCACCCAUGAGAAUAUUACGGCAGGCGUCGCGGCCAUUCGCGCACUGCUUCCUGCAUCCCACCCGCUGUCUCCUCUGGAUACGAUGGUUUCGGCACAUUCCCUGAGUACUGCAUAUGGCCGUUCUAUCGCUUAUACUGCCGUUUUUGAAGGCACUAGUUUCGCGACACUGGACAGUUCGAAACUGUUUCCAUUCGGCGACACUGCUGUGCAAGCGAACGUUGCAGAUGUUGCGACCCUUAAAAAUUACCCGAUUCCUUCCCCCACCGUCCUCUUUAUCAAACCCGGUCAUCUGGAAACCCUAGUAUCUUCCAUUCUGGAUGGUGCGAAAAAAGCAUCCCUGAUUUACCCAUUCGCAUGGAGGCACAAAGUAUCGGGGAUUGCGGAAGGAUUCCUGACCAAAGACAGUUUGUGGGACCGGCUCGUAUUUGAUAGUGCUAGAGCGAAUGUUAUAGGCGAUGCUGCCGGUACUCUUGCCGCAGUUAUCGUAAGCGGAGGACCCGUGCUAUCUGACCUUCUUACACCGGCGCGGGUCGCAUUCUCAACGGCGUUUGUCAACGCUUUCACGCACCCCCUUGUAGCGGCGCCUGUCUUUGCUUCUCACCCUCUAGAUCUCCAAGAUUUCCCUGCCGCAUCACCUGCUGCGCAUGUGGGACCUCCGAGCAUCAAUAUCGAAGCACGACUUUUAGGCGUGUCCGAUGAAGAUAUUGCGAAAGACAGUGAUCCUGAGGGCGCACUCCUGGUCCGUGGGCCGCCGGUGGGUAGGCUGUUGGGUGGAGUCGAGGACUAUGUGGAUGUACGAAGCGGGGGAAGUAACGGAAGCAGCACCGAGGAGGAAGAUGGCUGGGUUGGUGCUGGUGUCAGAGCAAGGGUACAGACGAAUGGAUCGUUCCUUGUAUUGUGA